UAAAGAAUAAUGUAGUAAUGAUCCUGGUUCAGGCAAAUUGCUAUGAUUCUACUGCUUCACCUCAGGAGUCCCAAGAGUUGUGCUUUCAAAGAUUCGUCACAUUGAUAAUAACACGCCACAAUACCACAGCAUAACUUCACCUUCAGAUAAACCUGUCCACAAACAUGUCAUCAAGAAGUGUUGCAGUCAUAAAAUGUUCCUGUGAGGAUGCUAGUUAUUCUACUUCAAUUGUUUGCUGCCUCUGCUAUGAAUUCUUUUUUGAUGUGAUAGGCUCAUUAUACAUGAGAAAUGUGAAGUAGGUAAAUGACGGGUGCUGGAUAUAGGAACUGAUCAAUUGUUAUUUUUCGGUUCAUUGUUCAUUUGUUUUGUUAUUUUGUGUUGGUUCAUGACGUGGGGGAUUAGUUAGUUUAUUUCUUUUUUUUACAGUUAUGCAGAACUUCUUACUGUAUUUUUACAUACUUUUGCUGAACCUAGGCACAUCUUGUACUUAGGUUCCUCUUGUUUCCUUUUUUAUGUACUAUAUAACUUUUAAUUAUUCAGGUGCAUUGAGAGUGAUUUAUACCAUCUACAUUAUAACAAUUUGGAGUACAAAACUUGUUUCUAAGUCCAAAAGUUUCCCCUUUCCCCAAGCAACUUCUUUCUUUUGUUAGUUAGUGUUCUAGCUGUGCUAAUCAAUAAUGCCAAUGGUUGAGAAUAAAAUAUGGUGGAAAAUUAUAGCAAGUUGCAAUUGGUUGCCAAAUUAUAAGUCUAAAAGUCAAUGGCCCGUCAAGCAUAUUAAAUGUAAAUAUGAAUGAUGAUCAUGGACUCCACUUAGUUAUUUGUUCAUAACAGAAGGCCUUGAUAACUUUAUCCUACUCCUCAAAUUAGAUUCCUAGGAAGGAAGAAAGUGUAAAUGAAGUUCCAUAAGGAGUAUCUGGAUUUGAUUUUAGUCCCUGGUGGGUUGCUGGUCAUGUUUGCUUAUCACCUCUUUCUGCUUCACAGAUAUAUCAAUAGGCCUCACACCACUGUCAUGGGAUUCGUGAACAAUGACAUAAGAGCAUGGGUUGACAGAAUUAUGCAGGCUGACAAAAAGGAUGUUAGCACAGCUCUAUCUGUCAUUCAAUCCAACACAACAGCUGCAACAUUCUUGGCCUCAGUCUCUUUGACUCUUUGUUCUCUAAUUGGAGCUUGGAUUGCAAAUAGUUCCAAUAUUUUGUUCCAAAGUCAAUUAAUCUAUGGUGACACAAAAGCAACCACAUUAUCCAUCAAGUACAUUUGCUUACUAACCUGCUUUCUCCUUGCUUUCUCAUGCUUUAUUCAAUCAGCAAGACACUUUGUUCAUGCGAACUAUUUGAUAAGCACACCAGAUAGCUUUUUUCCAGUUAGUAGUAUUGAAUUAGCAGUUAUAAGGGGUGGUGACUUUUGGUCACUUGGUCUUAGAGCUCUCUAUUUUGCACUUAAUUUGUUGCUUUGGUUUUUUGGUCCAAUACCAAUGUUUAUUUGUUCAAUUGUUAUGGUUUUGAUCCUCCAUUAUCUUGACUCUAAUUCAAGGCCAUUGCAUCUUACAACUAGAUCUCAAGGUAGCAAGUUUCAGAUGGCAAAGAACAACCUUAACUUGUAACACAACAAUGUUUUAUAAUGAAAGACAAAUUCAGUGAUACAUAAAUGUAUGUAAAGCAGUGUAUCUUAUUCUUCAAUAUGAUUACGUCAGUACAUCAUGUUAACAAAAGGAGAAAAUUUUGACUA